AUGCAAUAACAAAAGCAGCUCUGUAGAUCGAUGUCUUAAGUCUUGAUUUUUGGGUUUAAAGAAAGUUGGCACUAAUGUUCAGAUGAUCUGAAAGUUAUGAGGAGAAAUUUGGUCUUUGCUGUUGUCCUCAUUUUUCAAGUUGUUUUUCAGACUGAAGCCAUUACAGGAAUUGAAGGGAAUCCAGUCACGAUAACAUGCUCCCAUUCUUAUGCCGACACCAACAUCAAAUAUUUCUGUAGGGACCCCUGCGAUAAUGCGGACGUCCUGAUAAAAAGCAACGGACAGCAAACUGAGAAGUAUCGUAUAGAAGAUAAGGGGAACACAUUCUAUGUGACAAUAUCAAACCUGGAAAAGAAGGAUGCAGGAAUUUACUGGUGUGGUAUUGAGAGAGUUGGGGCUGACACAUAUAAUAAAGUGAUUCUCACUGUAGAGAAAGAGAGUUUAGAGAACAACCCAGGGGUGUCACCAUCUAAGACAAUCAUGUAUGUGGAAAUAUGUCUUGCUGUAGCUGUGGUGGUUCUGGCGACUGUCCUUCUGUUUUUCUACAGAUACAGAAAAAGAAAUGGACAGGAAAACAAUGGCACUGAAUAUGCAACACAUUUCAUGAUGAAGAAAGCACAACAUGCCAACACCACUUCACCGGUUAGUGAGGAAGGAGGAGACUCUAAGACCCAGUCGAGUGACGUCUGUUAUUCCACAGUCAGCUUUAACAAAAACCCAACCUGCAGCUCCCUCCCGCCUCCAACUGAAUCAACCACAUAUUCAUCUGUUAAACCCAAAUAGGCAACCUGCACCAUCGGAAAGGCUUAAAGUCAUCUGGACAAAUUUUCCUAUUUAACUUUAGAGCUCAUUAAAUUAAUCUCUGCGCAUAUUUACAUUCUCCUUUUUUUGUAAUGUUUUUAUUUAGUGACAAACUGAGAAACUGACCCAAGGUCAGAAUGAAAAUUUUCAGCUCAGUUAACAUCUUAACUUUCAUAGUUAUAAAAUAUUGUGUAUAAAGUCACAUUAAAUAAAUUAGAGAAUUAAUUCAGUUGUGGCACAUUUGUCAGACUAAAAGUACAUUUCAAAUGAACAAGCUUUAAGAAGGUAUUAAACAUACAUUUCUGGAAUACAAAGAUAGUUUGUUGUCUUUUACUUCUGUUAUAUUGUGGUGUGAGACAUUUGACCAUCAUUAGUUGCUGUAAUACUGUUGGAGGUUACCCAGCAGAGCCCAGAUGGCAACACCCACUUUUCACUCUCUGUUAAAGCGGGUUAAACAUGGUCCUAGGUUUUUUCUUUUUAAAUCCUUUGAAGGACGUGACUUGAAUGCUUCAAAAAACAGUCGCAAAUAUUGUUUUUGUGCACAAAUGUUGAUUUUGCAAGAUGUUACCCAGAAUAUGCAUUUUAAGGCUCUAUCAAACAUGGCUAGACUCUUCUGAAAAAAUGCUUAAGAACAGAAAUAUGUUGUUGCAGGACCCACCAUGGCUAGUAUCACUGGAAACUAAAGAGGCAUACAGUGUCUUUCCAACGGCAUAUAUAUCUUUUAUGCAUGUUGUAAAGUGUCACAAAAUGGAAAUCAGCCCUUGUAUUUGACAAUAUUCUCUUUUAUGAAGUUAAACACACAUUUUUGACUUUAGCAAGUGCCGAAACUGCCAACUGGACCAUUGUGUCACCUCAACCUGACCCAGUGGGGAUGUUUGUGGGCUUUAGAAAGUAGCACAGCUACACCUUCCCCCUUUGUUCUGGGUGACUCCCUAGACGCCACCAUGGGAAUCCUUCUGCUUCCUGUGCAACAUCACUGCUCAGAACCUUAAGUGGAAGCUGAACACCACCUCCCUCACCAAGAAAACCAGCCUGACAGCUGUAGUAGUAGAAUAUUUCUUAUCCUAUUAAUGAAACUUUCUUCUAAAUUCAGUAAAAAUGUACUCCAGCGUUGACAUUAAUUGACAUUAAACGUUUCUUUUGCACAGCAGUGACUAUUAAUGCUGAGAACACUUUUAACGUUAUUUUCAUAUA